UAGUCGAGGUGCAUCCGGUUGUCAUGCUUCUCAUUUUAUGCACGUUGGUGGGUACGGUGACGUCUGUCACCCAAUACUCGAUUCCUGAAGAGAUGGAGGAAGGUUCCGUCGUUGCUAAUUUGGCGUCCGAUUUGGGAUUGGACGUGAGGACGCUGAAUAAGAGGAAAAUGCGCAUCGAUGUGGUGGCAAAUAAAAAAUAUCUCGACAUCAACAGAGAAACGGGAGAGCUGUUUGUUCUAGAGAGAAUUGACCGUGAAUUACUUUGUAACUCAAAAACAACGACGUAUUGCUCCCUGAAAUUGGACGCAACGAUUGAAAAUCCUAUACGAAUGUUUAACAUUGAAGUGGAGGUCGCUGAUAUCAACGAUAACGCUCCUCAUUUUCGACGGGGGACCAUGCAUUUGGACAUAUCUGAGUCGAGCCCGCUUGGAGAGAGAUUCUCCCUGAAUAAUGCAGUGGACCCGGAUGUUGGAGUCAAUUCUGUACAGAAUUACCACCUGAGCUCCAGUCAACAUUUUAACAUUGAAAUUCAAACUGGAAGAGAUGGCACCAAAUUUGCAGAUUUGAUUUUGACAAAAAUGCUAGACAGAGAGCAGCAGGCUGUUCAUCAUCUUAUUCUCACUGCUGUUGAUGGUGGAGUCCCCACGCGCACGGGCACGGCCAGCAUCAUUGUUCGAGUCCUAGAUGUCAAUGACAACGCCCCAUCAUUUGACAAAGACAAAUACUUCGUUGAAGUGAUGGAGAACUCCCCUAUUGGUAGUCUGGUGAUACAACUGAAUGCCACUGAUUUUGAUGAAGGUUCAAAUUCUGAUUUGCUGUAUUCUUAUAGUUUGUACACGUCAGAAAGAACACAACAUGUGUUCAGUUUAAAUCAAGAAAAUGGUGAAAUUAGAGUAAAGGAGAUGAUUAAUUAUGAAGAUUUACAAAUGUAUGAAAUGGAAGUCAUAGUGAGUGAUAAGGGGCUAAACACUUUAUCUGGCCAGUGUAAAGUGACUAUACAGGUGACAGAUAUGAAUGACAACCACCCAGAAAUUUCUAUUAAAUCCUUUCAAAGUCCUGUUAAAGAAAACAUACCCAUCGACACAGUGAUAGCGGUGGUCAGUGUGAGUGAUAAGGACUCUGGUGAUAAUGGAGUGGUGGAUCUUCAUAUUCCACACAAUAUGCCUUUUAAACUGAGGGAGUCCUCUGAUAACUAUUAUAAGUUAGUAGUGUCUGAGCAAUUAGACCGUGAAAAGGUCCCAGAAUAUGACAUCACGUUCACUGUGAUAGACAGAGGCUCCCCUCCUUUAAGUGACAAUGAGACUAUGAAUUUACAGCUGCUGGAUGUGAAUGACAAUGUGCCACACUUCCCUCAGUCCUUUUACACGAUACGUGUGGCAGAGAAUAAUGCUCCAGGUGCUUUGCUCAGUUCACUUAGUGCGUUUGACCCGGACCUCCAUGAAAAUCAGUACCUUGUUUACUUUAUUGUGGAGAAGGAGAUAGCCAACACUUCCAUGUCCAUGCUGUUCUCCAUCAAUCCCGAGAACGGGAACCUUUACGCGCUCAAGACUUUUGACUAUGAAAUGGAGAAGGACUUUCUUUUUCACAUCGAGGCCAGAGACUCCGGGUCUCCUCCUCUCAGCAGCAAUGUGAGCGUCCACAUCAUCAUCAUGGACCAGAAUGACAAUCCUCCGGUUAUUGUCUCUCCGUGGCGAGCGCAUGGCUCGGUUGUAGAGGAAAAGAUCCCCAGAUCCACAGAUAAAGGCUCCCUUGUGUCCAAGGUAAUAGCCUUGGAUUUGGAUUCUGUGCACAACUCUCGCAUCAGCUACCAGUUCUUGCAAGUGAGCGACGCCUCCUUGUUCAGCCUGGACCAGUACAAUGGAGAGAUCCGCACGAUGAGGAUGUUCAGUUACAAAGAUUGGCGCCACCACAGACUCGUCGUUGUUGCCAAGGACAAUGGGGAGCCAGCCCUUUCUGCUACAGUCACCAUCAAGUUGUCCACGGUGGAAACUGCUGUGAAGGCCUACUCAGACAUGACCGAAGUGCCUCUGGAAUACGACAUCUUCUCUGACCUAAAUCUGUAUUUGGUCAUCGGUUUGGGCUCGGUGUCCUUCCUGCUGCUAAUUACCAUUUUAGUCACCAUCGUGCUCAAGUGUCAGAAGGUCAAGACCAGCAAGGCCGCUCCUCCCUGCAGGAACAGUGUAAUCAGUGAGAGGAACUCCACCAUUGCGGAUUCCACUUUGGUGUCCAACGACGCCUACUGGUACAGUCUGUUUCUAGCAGAGACCAGGAAAGGAAAGCUGGUGGUCAGACAGCCCGUGCCAAAGGGCUCCAGAUACAUCGUGUCCAGUAUUCCCAGGAGCACAGGUGUGUCGGAGACUAGUGACUCCGCUCCUUCUACUCUGCAGUAUCCUAAAUGAGGGAAUGUCCACUCCCAAGCUUGGAGGUAUCCUCAACCAGCAGCACGAGAUCCAUUUAAAGGACAGAACACCCCCAGCUGCAUAUAGGACCAAUCCCGAUGAGCGAGGAAAAGAGACAACCCUAAACUGAUUUCACUCUCCUGCCCUUCAUGCUCAGCCUUUUUCCUUUUCUACAGACACAAAUGGAUGCAGUGGUUCAUUGAGGAAAUGAACUCCCAACCAACUCCCCUCAUGAGAACCCCCACCUUCUGUAUUCUCUUAAGCACAUGAAAUGGCAAUCUAAGCCUUUUCACUAAACUAUUCAGUGUGCACGGUAUAUGAUCGCAUGGCUUCUACCACACUUCAUCCGUAAAAUGUUAUUACAAGUAAUGGUAUUUGUCAAGAAACAGACUGGACCAUGUUGUAGUCAACAAAGCUGAAAUAAGGGGGCAAUGUGGAUGGACAACGGAAAGUGGAAUUGCGUAUUCAGGACAUUGACCUUAUGUGUACAUACUGUAGUAUUUUACAUUUUGUCUUUCUCAUGUUCUGCAUUAAUGGCAGUGAAAAUGGCACAGUUUGCUAGAUGUUAAAAGCAACAACUCACGUUUUUAAGAACAAAAGUGGGAUUUUUAAAAUGGCUAAUUUAAGUUUUGUAAAUUACAUUGUGAGAAAGGUCCAGUUGUAACAAAUUUGCAGAGUGAUUCGACUGACAAAACAAGGUUAUCACAAGAAGUGAAAUGUGUAACAACCUCACCUACUUUCUUGCCUAUCUUAACUCAUUGGCUGCCAUUGACGACGCUAGACGUCCAAUUCAUUUGGACUGGGAGUGGUGAAUGAACAUGUUCAAUCGCUACUCCAACUAUAUAGCGAAGGAACAUGGUCAAUCGCCACUCCCAGUCUAAAUGAAUUGGACGUCUAGCGCUGUCAAUGGCCCUGAAAGAUGCACAUUCACAGCCAGUCCUACCAGAUAAAAUCAAUUGGAUGUCUAUCAUUGCGCUAAUCCAAUCAUCAUGCGCUCAUUUUUUAUGACAAGCCCAAAACUGCAUGUACAUUCCAAUGGUAAAAACAGGCCACUUCAUUGGUAACGUGGUGCCUAAUUUUUACCGACUUACAUUAACAACCUGAGUUGUUAGUUUAAGAAACACAGAAAAGGCCUUCAGUCAGUUUUCCUGUAUUCACUUGUUUUGCAUGCACGGAAUAACCAUAAUUGUAUUUUACAUUGUGUUUGGCAUAAUUCUUUUUCAGUAUCAUCAAUUUUAUCUAGAUACAAAUAGAGCAAACAGUAAAGAACAAUUGUGUACAGUGUCAUGCCAAUUUCAUGUUCUUGAACCCCCAUAAACAUGUGUGCUUGAAUGUGGAUUAUGCAACUAAAGACCAUGAAGGCCUUGUAGAUGCCAUAAAAAUGUGUAAUUCUGUUGACUUUUCACUUGAAGAGAAAGGAUGUCCCCCAAUAUCAAGUGUCUAUAUGUGAAAAUAUAUAAAAAGUACAUGUUUACAGUACUGAAAACGUGUAUUUGUCACCUAAUGAAAGUUGUGCUUAGGUGUAAGGCUGACUGUUUGACCUGCAACACAUCAAGGAAGUACAGAAGCUACAACUGCAAUUAGUGAUGUUUGCUAUAUUCCUUGUAUUGCAUUUCUAGUUAAAUAAUACAUGUAUGAUUCUACAGCUGCCAUAAAUGGUCAUCUGUAAAUACUCAGACAAUGCAGUCAGACAAAUAAUGUCUUACUUCAUAUUUUCAGUGCCAAUCAUAUUGAUCAACAUUUAUACUGCACAUAUAUAAUAAAUAUUAACUAGUGUCUGGCAGUAAAACGCUUGAGCACAGCUCACUUUGCAUUCCAUGUUCAAAGUUGUAAUGUUCAACAGGAAAUGACAGUCCAUCAAAAAUGUGCAUUUGUACAGUGGUGCUUUGAUAGUGAACUAUAUAGUCGUGUGUAAUGUGAUGUUACUGUAUGAAAGAAUGAAUAAAACCAAUGGAAAUUAA